CUUCUUCGACCAUCGGUCUGAUUCUUUUCCACAGAUGAAGCAAGGUCUCUGUCUCUUCCCUCUUAGGGUUCAUCUAUCACUCUGUUUCUUCAGUUUCAACGCAGAAUCCAAUACAAGUUAAUCCCUCAGCAGGCAUGAGUGUGGAAGAGAAACUAGAAGGCUUUAGAGUCGGUCAGAUCCCCACGUUGUUCUACAUUCCAGAGUUCAUCACUGAUGAAGAACAAACUCACCUCCUCAAUAAUAUAGAUGGGGCACCUGUCUCUAAGUGGAAGCCAUUGAAGAACAGGAGACUACAGAACUGGGGUGGUGUGGUCCAUGAAAAGGGUCUCCUGCCACAAGAGCUGCCUUCUUGGUUGACAAAGAUUACAUCCAAAAUAUAUGAAAGCUCAGGCCUGUUCCCUUCUGCAGUCAAUCAUGUCCUCAUCAAUGAAUACCAUCCUGACCAAGGAAUAAUGCCACACCAGGAUGGACCCGCUUAUUUUCCUGUCGUAGCUAUUCUGUCUCUUGGAUCGCCUGUUGUUAUGGACUUCAGCCCACAUCCAAGAUUCAGAUUGUGCCAUGGUGAUUCCGUAGAUCAAAGCCCUGAUGCAGAAGCAUGUGGGCAUGGAAUAGAUGAAUGGGACCGAGAUUACCACCCGUUUUCUGUCUUGAUGAUGCCUCGCAGCUUACUGAUCUUCAAAGAUGAAGCAUACUCAAAUUUCCUGCAUGGCAUUACCGACGAUCCACAACAAUGUUACGAAGGGGCUGUUAAUGAAGCCAAAGCUUUGUCUGAAUCAAACAUGGAGAAAUUAACUGAAGAGGACAGCAAUGGAGGUGACAAGAUUCUUCACAGAGACCAAACCAGAGUCUCACUGACAUGUCGAUUAGUGCCCAAAGUUCACAAGAAUCUCUUCAGGUUUUAGACAACUAAGACAAGUAGUUCCUGAUUUUGAUAUAUCAGUCAUUGUCUUGCCGUUUUUAGACUGUAAAAACGACACGAUUUUUGUUCCAUGAAGUGAAGGCCUUUGUGAUGA